CUCGCCUUGCAAAAUUUAUUUCGGUUCAUUGUAAAUUUUCAAGAAAUAAGAAGCAAAUACGAAUGAUAACAACAACAAUAAUAAUGUUAUGGAAGAAAUUGCUUCCGAAAAAAUAUGAGAAUGCCCAAACCUCAUUGAACUGAAACUAGACACAAUUUCUUUUGUGGCGCUACGUGCAGAGAAUAAAGAUAUCAUUAAUAAUUUUUUAUGCUGCCUUUUCAUACUUCCAAUUAGUAGUAUCUUUGCGAUAAUAAUAUUAUUCGUGACAAUAUCAUUUUCAUUGGUCUACUGCCUCCAAAUCUGCUACUUUUGCUUCCUCUCCUAUUUAUCAGUUCAUUCAUUCAUUCGUAAGAGAAAAUCGUGUUUGCAAUGGAUUCCUGCUCUGGGUCUAGUUUACAGACACUUUCAAAUGUCAAUACCAAGUCCUUCAUCACAUCGAAACGUCUUGGCAAAUCUAAACAAAGGCUUCCACAAAAUGUCGCGCCAAAAGAGGAAGAUGUUUCUGCUAAAGAAUACCAACUAUUUCAAGAAUCCAUUCAUUCUCCCAUACGAAUAAAUAGUCCUCAUGCUCCUUACGCAUUGAAAUCUAAAGCAAACUUUCCAGAAAAGAACUCAAAAUGGACUGAGGAAUUUAGAGUUUUGCAGGGUAAUGGGCAACAGGCAGAUGCUUACGACAGGAAAAGCCAGUCAUCAUGGAACCCAGUCCUUUAUCCUUCGUUAGCAGCUGACAGAAGCUAUUCAGCGAAUUUGUCACCAUACGUAUUGAAUUCCCAAUUGUUAUCCUCUUCUCCAGAACUCAGAGGCAGUGAAACCAAUCUUGUACACAAUCUAAAUGACUCAUAUCUGCAAUCUGCUUUUCAAAAAGCAGAGCAAUCUGCACAUGUAAUCGAGUCAAAACUAAAGCCGAUGACUCGUAAAAUGAAGGACCCUACAAUGAACUUGAGUCCUGGCUUAACAGCUAUCGGUGCCACUGAUGACGAUGCCUAUGAUCCCGAUUAUAGUGAUUUAUAAUGACUUUUCUGAUGAAUUCUCUUACCCUAGCAGGCUCAUUUUAUACUCAUGUACAUAGAUUGGUGCCUGAACAAUCUUAAGCUUAUACACUUUUCUUUGUGUACUAGCCUAUAUUUCUCAAGUUUUUUGUUUUAUUUAUCAUGUUAAUAAAAACUCUUCCUAUGCGUAUUCGCUUCUAUUUUCGUUUUACCGUUAAGAAAGCCACCAUAAAAAUUCAUUACUAUGCUUUAUCCUUAUCUCUCCAAUUU